AAUCUCCUGAUGUUUGCAUCACUCAUGUGAACGAGUGACAAGUGUCUGAAUCUAAAAGUCGCUGCUGCUCAUUAGUUCAUCGUCAGAUAUUCACACAGUCUCUGGUCGACGGGGGAAAGUCGGUGCUGAUGGAUAUUUUCUCUACAUGCAACUAGCACAUGACGACAGAGGAGACAUGUCACUGAGGGGAAGUGAUCCACAGGAAGUAAACCCCACAUUGCACUUUUUACUAAGAACCGAGAAGCAGAGAAUAGAAAGAAGAAGAAUGGAUGAAAUCAAACGGAUUCAAAUGUCUUUACAUCUGCUACUGGUGCUGAUUCCAUUUACAGUGCUCGCUGCCCGAUUUUCCUUCAUCAUCAUCAGAGCUGGAGCUGAAGUCACUUUGUCUUGUGACAAGAUGGGAGAUGAUCAUGUGAACUGUGGAGCUAAUGAGUGGUUCUUCAGUGAUUCAGAGGGGAAUGGAGGAGGAAACCUGUUUGUAAACAGGCAGCUCGACACAUCUAAGAUUUCCAAAUCUAAAGCAGACAGACCACGUCUUGCUGCAAACUGUUCUCUGGUUAUUAGUGAGGUCACAGCUGAAGAUGCUGGUGAAUACGUCUGCAGACAGUUUAAACAGACAACACAAACAUAUGAAGAUCAUCAUGUUGAUCUCUCUGUUGUCAACGUGACUGAGCAGAAGAGAAGUGAUGAGGUGACGUUGAGCUGCUCUGUGUCCACAUGUAGAAGCUGUGUCCUCAAAGUGAAGUGGCUGUUUAUGAAUAAAGAUGUGACUGAAAACAACAAAGACCUGAAGACAUCACAGUCUUCCUCCUCGGCCAAUGUGAGCUUCUCAAAAUCCCAUUUUGUUCACAAGAUGAAGAACUAUAGCUCAUUAACAUGUAAAGUGAAGCAUCGUGGCAAAGAGGAAAAGUUUUCCUUCAUCCCUCCGUCAUCAGAAGGAAAGAACGAACCACCUCCAGGAAGCAAUGAGAUGACAACAGAUUGGCGGCUGUACUUCGGUCUGGUUGUGGGUUUUGCCACAAUCGUAAUAUUGGUUGUGAUUCUCAUCAGAUGGAGAAGAAACAAAGCUAUAGACACACAGAUGAACGCAGAUGAAAACAGAACCUUCUCUGUGGAGGAGACGAGAGGUUUUGAUGAACCUGACUCUUCUCUCUGCGAGGCCAACUCUUCUGUUCCUGUCGUCUCAGGGAACAAAACACAGACGCACAAACACACGGUCGACCCUGCAGAGGAUGUGUUCUACUCCUCCAUCAGCCACUCCCCUUACAGCACGGCCCAGAUCCAGGGUGGUGAUGAUGCAGUGACCUACAGCACUGUGAAAGCUCCCUCCUCUUCUACUGGACCCUCAGCUGAUCCCAGCAGCCUCUAUGCCACCGUCACGUUCAAUCAAUAGAGACAUGGAGAGACUCGUCCUGGUGAUUCCUCCACACAGCAUCAUUAUCAAUGUUUCUCACCAGAGCAAUAAGCUGUGUCUUUCCACUGACGUCUGUCCAUUCAUCCAGCUGCAGUGAAAAUGCUUCAGCAAGUUUUUACACAACUUCAUCAACAAUGUCUGUUCCAUCGUUUCUAUUCUGCAGCAAAGUGUCAUUUGACAAAGGUCCAGUUUAGAACUGAUCUGCUGUGUUUGUGUCCAGCAUCGUCUCGGUCAGUACAGCAGCAGCUGGAAGUAGCAGGUCCUCAGCUGUGGUGAAAGGCCUUUUGGCUUCAUGAGAAGCCUCCAGUGCUGUGGCUGAUGUUCUGGAGACUUUUCACAUCGUUUCUUGUGAAACUAUGAAGUCAGACUGUUUCUUCUUGAGAAACUCUGGUGUGUUACCGACAUGACACUGAUGUGUUGUGUUGAGAUGUCGCUGCAGCAAGUUUCAGGUCCUAUUGGUCAAUCUGGGCCCCAUGACCUGUGAGGUCACCAGGGCCAAUGUAAGGCCAGGUCUCCCCCUGUUCGUUCUCAUUCCAUGCAACGCCGAGGGGAGAACCUGGGCUUCUCCAGCUCACAUCUUCUCUUUCCAUUCAUCUCUUCGAGAGAAGCACACCUCUCUGUCUGCCUAAGAGGUUUAGCUUUCCACUAAUUGAGCAAGAGACACCUCCUCCCAAUCCAAGCUCUACCAAACCUUCCAGCAGCGACACGAGGGCCUGACGAAGAACUGCAACAGAGCUGUAUGCACAACAGAACCACAAAGACAGGAGACACACAACCAGCAAGACGACUUCACAGAACUUCAGACAGCACCUUCUUUUUUCCUUUACAUGGACGGUAACACAACUGGAUUUAAUAAAUAUACUAGGCUAAGCAAAGACUGUUUAUUCGAUUCCUUGUGAUGUUUAUAAGUUUGAUUUGUGUUGCUAUGAUAUUGUGGUUACAAGUUAUUUGAAGUUAAUGUUAGUUAUGCUCUUCAGUCUUUCCUUGUAGCAUUUAGUAACUUUCUCUAAUUUGGCACCAACACAGACACACACAUAUCUCAGCACCCAUCUCACUCUCUGACCCCCCCCCCCCCCCCCACAUGUCGUAAACAUUCCAAACGGGGGAGGCCGUUAUCUUUGCAGUGGCCAACCGCCAUUUUUGAAGUACGCUGACUCACACAGACACACACACGCAUACUCACAUACAUAUCUUUAUUAAGUAAGUACACGUCAGUAAUUUGUGUGUUUUUAUACUUUAUUAUAUUCAUAAUAAAUGUUUUUCUUUCACAAAUGUUUUUUCAUUAUUGUUGCAUAAGUGAAUUUUGCCAAACUCUACACUGUCAAGAACGCUCUAUCUUUCAACUCAGCUAAAUAUCGAUAUGGUAAUUUUGGUUAUAGUUAUUAAUUGUAUUGUUAAUCAGAGCCCCAAAUUCGUAGUUGGUACUUUUAUGAGAGAAUCAAUAAAUUCGAUCUGUUGCCUUUUUCUGAAGGAUGGUGCCCCGAGAUAACUUUAAUCAAUUAAAAUUAUAAUUUAAUAUAAAUAUUUUUAUUAGUCAAUAUUUUAUUUUGAUAACCAAAUGUACUGAAUGCUGAAAGGCACACUAUUUUAUGGUAUCACGUUUAAUUCAUUAUUGCACAACAGUUUUCAAUUUCUUGUUCACUUCCUUCUCCUUAUUUUCAGCUGCGUCGCUUCUACGUUUCACUGUAAGGGAAGUAGUUGAUCACCGUGAGAAACAGGAACCUCACGUUCAUGUCACUGUUUCUCAUGAAUUCAUAUGAUAAAUGGUUUAUUUUCUUUUGUAGAUUUUAUUAUUUACUUUAUAACCAGACCCAAGGUCAGAUUCUUGUUGAGUUUGUACUAUAUUCUGUUCCCUUUAACCUGGGUAUGAACCAGAAUCACAUGUUUAAGCAUGCAGCCCUCAUCUUCAGAUUCUCAGUAACUCUUCCAUUUAUUUCUCGUCAGUUCUCUCCUCUAGGGAACGAUCACUCACCUGUUAAUGGAUGAGUAUAGAACAUGGGUUUUUGUCUAUUAAGCACGAGGCAUGUCCUUAUGAAUUCAUCCUUUCAGUUACAUGUUAUGCUCUCAGACACAUGCAAUCAUGCACCUCUCUUGUUGUGAUGUCCUGUCAUUUUAGUUUGUUAAUUUCAGUCUCAUCAGUGUAUUUUCUGUUUCCUGUUUUAUUUUGUAGUAUCUGUCCCUUGUGUGUGGUUUCUAUCUUCACUUCCUUUCGGUGAUUGUCUUCCCAGUCCUCAUGUGUUUCACCUGUGGUUAAUUGCUCCUGCCUUCCCUCUGUGUCUCUAUUUAAGCCUCUGUGUUCCCCAAGCCCUUUGUUCGGUUCGUACUCGUUGUUGUCUACUCGUUUCCACACGUGUCAGAUAUGGUUUGUCGGUUCCUUCUGUCUCGACCAGCUUCUCCUGCUUCCUUGUUCUCCGUGCGCUUUGUCGCCAGAACUUACCUGUAGUGUUAGUGUUUCGUUUUUGUCUUGUUUAAAGCCUUUUAUUAUAUUAAAUACCUUUUUGUUUGUAACCUCUGCAUCCUGGGUCCAUCUCCUCCACCAAACCCUGACAAAUGUUAGUUAUGCUCUUCAGUCUUUCCUUGCAUAUAUGUAGCACAUUUCUCUAAUUUGGCACCAACACACAGACACGCACAUAUCUCAGCACCCAUCUCUCUCUCUGACACCCCCCCCACCCCACAUGUCGUAAACAUUCCAAACGGGAGAGUCCGUUAUCUUUGCAGUGGCCAACCGCCAUUUUUGAAGUACGCUGACUCACACAGACACACACACGCAUACUCACAUACAUAUCUUUAUUAAGUAGGUAUACCGUUAGUAAUUUGUGUUUAUAUACUUUAUUAUAUUCAUAAUAAAUGUUUUUCUUUCACAAA